AUGAGAGCCCUCGAUGAGACCCAGACCCGAUGGGCCGAGACUUUGAAGUACGCAGGCAUUCUGCCUGAUUUACAGCGCGCACGCGAUCAUUUCUUGAAGUUCAUAAAGCAUCCCGAAGAGCUUGCCAAAGUGGCUGUUGAUCCUCUGACCGAUGAUCCGAAGUCCCCUUGGAACACCGUCCGGCAGGACGAGAUUAUUCGAGCAGAAAUCGCGCAGGACGUUCGCCGCCUCCCAGACGAGCCAUUUUAUCACGAAGAACGAAUCCAAACGAUGAUCAUUGAUGCGCUAUUCGUGUACUGCAAAUUGCAUCCGAACAGCGGUGGCUAUCGUCAGGGAAUGCAUGAGCUUUUUGCGCCCAUUGCCUAUGUCGUCAACCAAGAUACGCUGGACCGCGAAAGCGUCUCUUCGAGUGGUGUCACGGCAGAUGAGACAAUGCUCACAGUGCUUGAUUCGUCCUACAUUGAGCAUGACACCUUUGCGAUGUUCUCAAAGAUCAUGGAGAAAGCGAAGGCGUUUUACGAAGUUAAGGAUUCCAUUUCUAGAGCAGCACUGGCAUCCGCUUCCAAGGAUCGGGCAGAAACCUCGGCCAUCGUCGAGAAGAGCAAGUACAUCCACGAGGUUUGCUUGGCAAAGGUCGAUCCUGAGCUGGCAAACCAUCUCAAAGAUAUUGAAAUCCUGCCACAGAUCUUUCUUAUUCGUUGGAUCCGCCUUCUGUUUGGGCGCGAAUUCCCAUUUGAUCAGUGUCUCGUACUCUGGGAUACCAUGUUUGCCGUCGACCCGUCGCUCAACUUGAUUGAUCUGAUUUGCGUUGCUAUGCUAAUUAGGAUCCGCUGGAGUUUGCUCGAAGCAGACUAUUCUGUCUGUUUACAGUUGCUCUUGAAAUACCCAGCCCCUGAAGCUCCCCAUGGCCCACACACAUUCGUGGACGAUGCAGUGUAUCUCAGAACGCAUCUUAAUAUGUCAGGUGGCGCGUCACUUAUCUUGAAAUACACGGGGAAGAUGCCGAGCUCAACACCGACGCCAUCGGCUGGUAGCUCGCGGCCAUCGACGCCGAUGGGUCAGGCAUUCUCCUCGUUCAGGCACCGCAACAAGGGAGCGCACUCCCCAAUACCGUCCCCAGGCAGGUUCAUCCAACAGCAAGGCGGCGUGGAGGCUUUGUUUCAAGGUGCCGCCAAAAACAUGCUCGAAAGGAGCGAGAAGCUGGGCAUUAACCAGGCCGUUCGGGAUGCCAUGGGCGAAAUCAAAAGAAACAUGCAAGGCCUCAACGACGUGCGCUACUCGCCUCGUGUGGCGAGGCAGCUGCUCAAUGACGAGACCGCGGCCCAGGCAGUGGCCGCAUUGGAGAGAAGAAAUAGACUAUUGGCCAAUAUGCUAGACGAGACGGUUUCUAGUCUGAGAUCUCUGGCUACAUCUGAUCUGGAUAACAAGGUUAAGACUCUAGAGCUUGUCGAAGUCGCUGCCGCGAAGGUCCAGUUCGUAAAGGUGUACUUGGAGGAUUCCACUAUCGAGGUCCCGGAUCUGGAGAGCAUCGCAAGCCCGACAUCCGAGGAUAACAAAGAAGAGGUCCCGAUGGACAUCGGACCAGACGAUAGCGCCGUUCUCGGUGGGAUGCCCGCCCCUGAAAACGUCGCAAAUGGCAUUUCAACUUUGUCGCUUCAAGAAGACGGGAAGCCGAAAUCUUCGGAUCCGCAACCGAUUCUGCCUGAUGCAAUGGAGAUCACCGAAGACAGCCUUCCUACCCAGCCAUCGGAGGCGCCAUCAGUGUCGGUGUCAAGUCCGGCAUCUGGAACUCCCUCACCGAAGGUCCAGCGGCCUCAACCGCCGAUCCCAACACGGUCAACUCUCGCACAGUCUUCGUUCUCUUGGAUGCUCGAGCCGGACCAGUCGGCGCACUCAGCAACGCCGCCGCAGCUACCAAAGGCUACUUCAGGAGGCAACCACCGCAAGCGACCUUCUGGGAAUAUCAGCAGAGAGCGCAACGCAUUUCUCUUUGGCGAGGUCGUGGCCGAGUCAGAAGACCAGAGCAAACCGGUCAAGUCGGACGAUAUUUUUGGACUACAGCCGAUGGGCAAGUCGAAGUCCCCUUUUGCAUGA